GAUGCAUUCAUAACCAACAAUCAAAGGGCACCCGCUCUGCCUGGCAGACGGUCCUGCUUGGAAGCUGCUCAUUGUGAUAAUCUCUCUCGCUUGAUCUCACACCCCACGCCUCUCAGUCAUUCGACCUUCCCUCGUCCUCCCCUCGGGGUAGUCUUCGGUAUUCCUGUCGGCUCCGCCUGUCCAGCAUGGCGGGCAAUGGCACAGAUGAUGCUCAGUACCUCGCUCCUCCGGCCGUGACUGCCCUACGGCAGGAAGCUCGGAGUAUCGAUCCGAGAUUCUCUCCUACUCGCUCCCCCAGCGUCGAUCACAUGCGACAGGAACGUGAAGAUCUCAAAGAGGCGGCGGAACAAACCUUGAACGUCAUUGUUGAUUUGGAUCUCGAUGGUCGCGUCAAAUGGGUCAGUCCGUCAUGGAAACAGGUCGUCGGCACAUCACCAGUAUCAAUAGAGGGGCGGAUGAUAUCAGAGAUCGUGGUCGGUAACCAGAAUGUCUUUCACGAUGCCAUAGAGAGCAUGAAGGAGGAUGACUCCCGCAGUCGGUUUAUUCGGUUUGCAGUUCAUAUGGGCCCCGAUUCGGUCUUGAAGUACUCGCCAGAGCCACGACCUGCGGAGCCAGAGCAUGAAGCUACUGAAACGACCGACAUUGCAGAAGAAGCACAAGCCCCUGCAGAGGAGGACCGCCAUCAUGACCUCCUUCAUCUGGAAGGACAAGGUAUCAUGGUGUUUGAUCGGACAGCCGAUGGAGUUGGACAUACCAUGUGGAUGUUGCGACCGUUUACGGAACCGAGAGAAGUCACCAUCGACCUUCCGCCUUUGCUAGUAGAAUCCUUAGGCGUCGGAGCGGAAGCUGCUGCUAGUGAGCCUGAUCCUUCAAAGCAUCCAGCUCCGAAUCCGGUGUUGUGUCGUAUCUGUGAACGACAGAUCACACCAUGGUGGUUCGAGAAACAUUCGGACCUCUGUCUACAGGAGCAUCGGGCCGAGAUGGAUGUUCAAAUAGCCCAGGAGAAUCUCAACGAGCACCAGGCCAGACAAAGCAGGCCGUUGCCCGAGUACAAAGGCCUACCUAUUGGGCCAUCUCCAGUGGCCUCCGCACCGUCGUCGGGAUCAGUCUCUAGUGCUAAUUCCGCUCCUGGCACGCCACCUCGGUCCAGAGAUCAUUCGGCCUCAGGAAUCGGGCAUACUCGCGCUCGAUCAUUCGCAGUGCGGCGUCCGUUAGCUCGCGUCGUUGAAUUGAUCCUUGACCUUUGUGACACUGCCCUAGAAAUCAACAUGCCUAUGAUCAAGGAAUCUCGCGCGGACAACAGUGAUGAUUUUCGGACAUUGUCACCGCAGUCCGAAUCUCGUAUCUCGCAGGUUCUCCAGUGGCAAUCACCCAGCUCUAAUACACUAGAGCAGGAGCAAGGACUCGCGGCCCUAUGCAACGAUACCGAACAAGUCGCCAAGGCAAAAGUUGAUGCGGUUAUCCGCCAUAGAAGAAUUGUGGAGUAUGCCGAGCGGAUUCGCAUCGAAUACACGAUUCUGGUAGAGGAGUGCAUCACCGCAGCUCUCACCAAAGCCGAGCGAAUUGCGGCCGGUCAGCUCAGUGAUUCGAGUGCCUCAGACGAUGACGCCCCCCACGACACCGAACCCGCCGUGACCACAAGUAGCCCGAUAAUACGAGGGAAGCGCGAAUCUGCAGCACCGCCUACAAUGUCCGCUUUAACAAUGUCCAUGCGCAAUUCGCCCGACCGAUUCCAGUCUAACCACUCCUCCGAAGGCAAAGCCUCAGUCGCUGUGUCGACCGGGUCGAACAGCCCAAUGGAAUGUCCCACACCCCGAUCACACAAGAGUAUAGCCGGCGUUUUAGGGACAUCGCAGCCAUCCAGACGGGGUCUCUCUUUGAUAGAUUUGGAUGCCGGCGAUUACAGUGACAGCAGUGCUCCUUCUUCUGCUUUUCCCGGUGCCGUGCGAACCGACUCUCCCUCGUCCGACCGCAGUAUGGACAGGAAGCGAAGGAGUCUGGUCCUUCCCGGUCUUUCUAGCUCACCUCGCAGACAACAUUCUCCAGCUAGGAUAUCGGGGCCACAUUCACCAUUACGAAUGCCCCGGGCUCGUCUUUCGAGCGGCGCCGAUAGUCUACCGUCACCUAUAGUAUCUCCCUCUGCAAAUGCGAUCGAGCUGGCACAAAUUCACUACCCUCAUCAUCGCCGUCAAUCGUCCGCAACGUCUUCCGAUAUCGUAAAGCCGCCCGUUUCACCUCAUCUAUCUUCCGCCAGCCAGCCGCAGCCGAGACCAGCACCGCCGUCGAUCAAGGACUUUGAGAUCAUCAAGCCAAUCAGUAAAGGUGCCUUUGGAAGUGUUUACUUGGCCAAAAAGAAAGUAACUGGGGAAUACUUUGCGAUCAAGGUAUUGAAAAAGGCGGAUAUGGUUGCGAAGAAUCAGGUCACCAAUGUCAAGGCGGAGCGUGCAAUCAUGAUGUGGCAAGGCGAAAGCGAUUUUGUUGCUAAGCUCUACUGGACAUUUUCCAGCAAGGACUACCUUUACCUGGUAAUGGAAUAUCUCAACGGCGGCGAUUGUGCUUCGCUUGUCAAGGUUCUUGGUGGACUGCCCGAGGACUGGGCGAAAAAGUACAUUGCGGAAGUAGUCCUUGGGGUCGAACACCUCCAUGGUAGGGGUAUCGUCCACCGUGAUCUCAAACCAGACAAUCUUCUUAUCGAUCAGACGGGUCAUCUCAAGCUGACUGAUUUCGGACUGUCACGCAUGGGCCUUGUUGGGCGUCAAAAACGCGUCCUCAAGAGUAUGAACAAUGAGCCGGCACCCGAUCUUCUGAAACAGGGCUCGUUUCCUCGAGCAACUUCAAUCACAUCUUCCAGAUCAGCCUCUUUCGAUUUCCAAGGCAGCGGAUCCCCGGGAUCCACUCCAUUGAUCACGCCAGAUGUUGCUAGUAGCAUUCCCCAACCUUCUUACUUCAGCCUCAACCAAGGGGGAGGUCUCAGUCGGCAGACUUCACGUCGGGCGUCCGGCUACCGUAGCGAUAGCGGCGCCAGCGAGAGUCUGAAUGCCAUGUUCCGCACUUUGUCUAUCAACGAGGGUGGUGAAGCUUCCGGCACCAUGCCUGUGCCCGUCCCUUCCUCGGGCCAACACCAACACCAACACCAUCUACCCGAAGAGGAGAGCCAGAGCGAGGCGGGUGAGUCUCCUCACUUGUACCCGCUUCAACCCACGAUGAGCAAUUCCUUCUCCUACAGCACUCCGCCGCAACAGUCAAUGAUGCCUCCCCUAAUGGCGCUCUUUGAUCCCGAGGACCAUAACAGGCGGUUUGUGGGUACGCCAGAUUAUCUGGCUCCGGAAACUAUCAACGGUGUUGGUCAGGAUGAAAUGAGUGAUUGGUGGUCCCUGGGCUGCAUCAUGUUUGAGUUCCUCUUCGGCUAUCCGCCAUUCAAUGCUGGAACUCCAGAUGAGGUUUUCGACAAUAUCCUUCACCGGAGGAUCAACUGGCCGGACGAAGCCGAGGAAUUCGCAUCCCCCGAAGCUAUUGAUCUUGUGAACAGGCUCAUGACUAUGAACCCUCGUGAACGGAUAGGGGCUAAUGUGGAUGAGAAAUACCCAAAUGGUGGAGCAGAGAUCCGGAGCCACCCUUGGUUUUCUGAUAUCAACUGGGAUACCUUACUGGAGGACAAAGCGCAGUUUGUACCCAACAUUGAGAACCCCGAAGAUACCGAAUACUUCGACGCUCGUGGCGCCACGCUUCAGGCCUUUGCUGAAGAACUGGAAGAUGCAAGCCCCCCUCAACCGCCGUUAACCACUGGUGCAUACCCUCAAGAUCGGCCUCAUGAUGCCCUGUUCAAAGUCCGCUCUCAUGUUAACUCGAUGAAGCGACCGUUGAUGCCUCUGCAUAUUCCACCUCAUGUGCGUGAGUCACGUAGCAGGAGGCUGAGCGAGCCUACAAUGGCCGACGAUUUUGGCAACUUCGCUUUCAAGAAUCUCCCUAUGCUAGAGAAAGCCAACAAGGACGUAAUUCAGAAACUACGCCAGGAGGCAAUGCAAGCACAGCAACGUCACGUUCCUCCCACGGGCUCUCAGCAACAAGGACAUGCGCAAGGCGGCCAGGAUCAAGCCCCCACUCAGCCUGCACCACCCGCUUUGGAGGGAAGCCCGUUACCGAUGUCCCUACAGCGGACAUUAUCUCAAACUAAAGGCAACAACCGACCUGCGUCCCCUUCAAGCAUGAGCCAGGCGAAUUCGUCUCCCAGUCGUCCUUCUCAGCCCUCGUCUCCGCUUCUUGUUCAAUUUAGCACCGGUCAAAAUCACGAGCGCAGAAAAACGUCCGGGUCAUCUUCUAAUAACUCGCAGUCCGCCGGAAGCUCUCAGCCCGCAAGUGUCGACCCAAGCCGGAUGGCGAGUCUUAAGCACGGUUCCGCGUCAUCGUCUCCUAUAAAACCCCCCCGAGCCACGGCUCACUCGCCCGAUAAGACACCUUCUGGACAGCGCCACGGCAGUGCUCCUGCCUCACGAGCAAGAUCACAGACCAUCGGCUCCCAGGACGGGGACCUCUCAUCAUCCCUAGCCAAGGAAACAUACGCCGUGGGCCACUACAAACGCCGCAGCCAAUUAUUCGAUAUUUCGCCCUCGUCGUCAGAUAAUGAAGAUCCGCGUACGAAAGCUUUGCUUAAAGUACAGCGCCGCCGCCAAAGCUCGAGGCGCAUGUCACAGAUCAAUUUCCCCGAUGGGCCAUUUUUCCGGCCUUUGGACGUGCUCAUCUGUGAAGAUCAUCCUGUUUCUCGCAUAGUUAUGGAACGCCUCUUUGAGAAGCUGCGCUGUCGUACCAUUACGGCCGUAAAUGGUAACGAAGCUAUGCGUUACGCUCUCAGCGAGGUGCAGUUUGACAUUAUCAUGACGGAGUUUAAACUACCCCAGGUAACCGGUGCUGAUGUCGCGCGUAUGGUGCGGGAAACACGUAGUGCGAAUCGGCAUACUCCAAUCAUUGCGGUUACAGGCUACCUUAAGGAUCUACCAGAAACCCACCAUUUUGACGCGCUCAUCGAGAAGCCUCCAACCCUAACAAAAUUCACGGAAGCACUGUGUAAGUUCUGUCAGUGGAAGCCGCCUCCAAAGGACUACAACCCUUCCCAGUCAAUGAAUGUCCCGCCUUCUACGAUGCGCCAGGCUUUCGUGCAAGCCGAGCAUAGCCCAAGUUCAACAGCCUCGUCGGGGUUCGCACAUGUACCUCCUAGCUCUUACAGAGGAUCCAGUCGAGAGGACUCCAUCGUCAGCAGUUACUUUGGCGAUAUGGAGUCAAUCAAACCCGAUGACGGCCCUGUCAUCGUGAGUCAUCACAAUGAAGAAUCGGAACAGGAUAAAGGUGGCCUCGGGAUUUCUGAAGAUGUAAUUCGAGUACCAGAAACGACGGAUGGCAGUUUCACAUCUGGCUCGGAUACAGUGCCUUUCCCAAGCCUACUUCACGCCUCUUCAGCACCACCCACCGUGCAUCCUUCUGGAAACAUUACACCUCGCAAACAGCGAUCCACUGAAGCGAUUCGGGCGAAGAGAGAAUCGCUGGAACGCAAGCGCUACGAGUGUGCCGAGUCUGGCGAUGAUGAAGAUGAAGAGCUCGGUAAUUCUCAAACACGAUCAAGCAGCCCCCAACAAAGAUCUCGUCGUCCUGGCUCUAAGCUAGGAAUAGAGAUGAUGAGAACCAAUAGCAGGGGUAGCGUUGUCAGUGGAAGUGAGGAGCUUCUCAAGAGAGAGAGGGAGUCUUUGGAGCGACGGAGCAGUGGAGGUUCUGGUGGCGCCAGUGACUACAGCGAGGAACGUACUGGCACUCGCUCUCCGCAAAGUCCAAGUCUGGAGAGCCGCCUCGAGAACCUUUCAAUUCCCGAGGAGGCGAUUGUGGGGUCCGUUGAAGGAUACAGCCCUAAGCAUUCGCCCAUCGUGGAGCUAGGGUCGAAAAUGGACAUACCAGCAAUUUUUUCAGAUCGGCCAACUUCACCGUUCUCGGCAGAAACUGCUUCGGGUGCACAGGCUAUGGAAGACAGCGUCGAAACACCUAAACUUGGACAUAUUACACCACCUAUCGUUUUUACGAGAGAUGGAGAGUCAGAGCCCUCAGGAGACGACCCGGAGACCCCUUACAUCAAGACUACUGGGGACGAUUCAGCUGCGAAAUAUGGUGCAGAAGCUGACAUUGACCGAUAUCUGGAUGCCGAUGCCACGCCUCGACCAUUGCAUACACCAUCGCCCCAUCCGUACUUGGGUUCUGCCCAUUCUCAACCCGACACAUAAAGAACCGACACUAUCUUACUUUCAAGAUAAACCUUGCGGAACUGCAAUUCAGUGAGACAUGCGUUGGACAGAUGUCCACGUACGGUCCGCUAUUGUGUGCGACCAUAUGACUUAUAUCACUGCAUGCUUACGACAUAUUGUUCUUUUUGCACCUGUUAAAAUACAUUCCUCUUCUUUUACUGCCGAUCAUAUUGCUUUAUUUGCCACGCGCGUUUCAAGGCUAGCGGGUGUUUGGGAGUGUUUGUCGUCUCAACCAGGCUGUCUGAGUUCCACUCUUUUGUCGAUUUCCCGUUCUCACUUUCAUGUUUUUAUUCAUUGUUCCACUUGCUCAUCAUCCAGGCGUAUAUCCCAUUUCCUUUGUUCUGAAAUUUUCCUCUUCUGAGAGCAAAAUUGUGUGUGUACCUAUACGUACCAGUUUCUCAAGAAAAAAAAAAGAGUCCAUCUAACUGCUUUGCACUAGUAGACAUACCAG